CCCAAUCCAUCUUCUUCUGGUCCAGCAUCUGCAUGCUUCAAGCAGUCGAACAGUUACCUUCCAUAUAUACCCCCAGCGUCCGCUAAGCUCGCCAUGCACAUCCCGUUCAUCUCCCCCUUCGUUGUUUCCCCCUUCGACUCCCUCCAUGCCCUCUCUACGCGCUUGCUCUAUCUUUUACUUCCAACCAGCUUCUUUGGUUGGGCUCCAAGUGGAAGCAACUACCUGCUUGGUUUGGGUGUCGCCGACAUUACAGGACCGACGGUGGAGGAGAAUCUCAUGGGCUAUGCAGUGCUCUCGCAAGUCGGCACGGGCCUCUACAUGCGGCAACGAGUCCGUGCCUUUAUCGUCGCAGAACCUGAUGGCGAACGCGUGCUUUUAUUGAAUGCCGACAUUGGGAUGGGGGACACUGGUGUCCGGCGAGCGCUUCUCAGUGCUCUGGCGGAAGAAUUUGGAAACGACACAUAUAAUGCGGGGAAUGUUGCCUUCGUGGGUACUCACCAGCAUAGCGGCGUUGGAGGCUAUCUAGAAAACCUCCUUCCGCAACUUACCGCACUCGGACUCUCCAACCAAUCCUUCUCGGCUAUUGUACAAGGCUCAGUUCUUGCUACACGACGUGCUCACGCAUCACUUACUCCUGGCUCACUUUCCGUUGGGACUGGCCGCGUUGAGCAAGGGUCCAGAAAUCGCUCCCCUACGGCCUACCUCGCAAACCCGUCUGCUGAGCGGGCUCGUUAUCAACAGAAUGGUGGCGAGAACGGAGAUCAAGAGUGGAAUAUGAGUGUCUUACGGUUCGAAGAUGCUACAGGAAGUGCGGAUGGUAGGGGAUUUUUAAGCUUCUUUGCGGUUCAUGGGACAAGCGUUUAUGAAGUACGUCUAUCCUCCCCUCUCAGUAAUUAUCCUCAACAACCGGCAGAACAACACAUUAGUAAAUGGGGACAACAAGGGUAUUGCUGCAUACUUGUACGAAUGCAAGUGCCUCAUUUCAUUCCCUAUCAUUGCGCUAACGACCUUGCAGCUACUAUCGAACCCAACUCCAUGCCGGGAAAUACCACAUAUGUUGCUGGUUUUGUGCAGGGAGCGGUGGGUGACACAAGUCCCAAUACUCUGGGAGCAUUUUGUGAAUCUCCUGGCAAACCCUACGACGGCCUCCCGUGCGUUGCCAACUCGUCCACGUGUGGGGGUGCUGCUCAGGACUGCCAUGGUCGUGGCCCUUUGUUCACUAACGACCCUUUUGGGUUUGCCAGCAGUCUGGAGAUUGGCAGGCGUCAAGCAGACGGCGUCAAACAGGUUUUUUAUGGCUCAGGUCAAGCGAUGACACCCGUGAAAGGUGCUGUUCGGAGCGCACACGCUUAUGUGGAUAUGUCAAAGCACGAAUUUGUGCUGCCAAAUGGCACGAGUGUGAGGACAUGUCCAGCUGCGAUGGGCUAUUCGUUUGCUGGUGGGACUACUGACGGACCAGGGGCAUUCGACUUUAUCCAGGGCGAUAAUAAAACUUCUCAGAACCCGUUUUGGGAAGUCGUGAAACGGUUUGUAACCCCAGCUCCUCCCAAAGAGCAAAUCGCCUGUCAAUUCCCUAAACCCAUCCUGCUCAAUGUCGGAUAUGCGCAUGAACCAUAUGAGUGGUCACCAAGCACAGUCGAUGUGCAAAUUCUGAGAAUCGGAAACUUGGUGAUUCUCGUUAUUCCUGGCGAAUUAACAACUAUGGCUGGUCGUCGCAUGCGGGAAGCCAUCCGCGCCAAACUCAUCUCAGGAGGCAUUGUCGGAGAAGAUGCGCAUGUUGUUGUUGCUGGCCCGGCCAACACAUACUCGCAUUACAUCACAACACCAGAAGAAUAUGCGGUCCAACGAUAUGAAGGUGCCUCAACACUUUAUGGACCUCACACCCUGGACGCCUAUCUUGACCGAUACACGCAGUUGGUGCCUUACCUCGCGGACGAUGCUCGCGGAAAAGCGCCUCCGUCCGAUCCAGCACCAGAAGAACAGGUGUCGAAAGCGAUUUCGCUGAAGACGGGUGUCAAGUUUGACGAGCCACCGAUUGGGAAGCAUUUUGGGCAGGCGGUGAAGGAUGUGAAGGCGAACUCUACUUACGCAGCAGGCGAGCGGGUGGAGGUCAAGUUUGUUGGUGCAAACCCGAGGAACAACUUGAGGCUGGAAGGAACGUUUCUCGCUGUUGAGCGCCUUUUGGGAGACAAAUGGACGAUGCUUAAGUCGGAUUCACAUCCGAGCACGACGUUACAGUGGGUGCGGGACAGUACAAUCUUGGGGACAAGCACGGUUACCAUUGCGUGGACGAUAGAGAAUGGGACUACAGAUGGACUUUAUCGGAUAGUGUACUAUGGUGACUCGAAGGCAGCGAUUGGAGGGAAGAUUACGCCGUUUGUGGGUACUUCGGGCAACUUUACGGUCGUGUAA